UUCGGUGAGUUUCUCCUGCUUUCCUUCAGCACCUCUGAUCAUCUUAUCCCUCCUGCUUCUUCUUCGCUCCUCCUAAACCUUUUCUCUGCCUCCUGAGACGCUGCAGAUGAUCCGAUGUUUCAGAUAAAAUCUAUUAAAUUAUGUUUUCAACACGAGAUAAACUCAGCAGAUCCUUUUAUUCAGUCUCUCUCCGUCUCCUUCUCUCCCUCAGACCUCCAUCAGUACCUUGCAGGAAGUGCUGGUUUCCCCCUGGAGAUGCUCUCUGUCCAACAUCAGGUUGAUGGCGCCCCCUGCAGGCAGCAGCCGUACCUCCAGUCGCUUGUUGCUGGAAGGAACGGAUGAGGAGUCCAGCGAUGCGACCUCUGGUAUGAGCUCUUUGGGGGCCUGUUACGCGCAGCGGGCCGGCGCCAACCCUCUCUCCUCCUCAUCCUCAUCUUCAUCCUCAUCUUUAACUUCUAAAGCGAAAUCUCGGUCGGGCUCCUGCUCCAAUCAGACGCCGGAAACCUCGGCGCCGCAGCCUGUGGAUCAGACUGUUUCAGGAGCUCCGGCUGUAGCUGAACAGAACCCUGUGAGCUCCGACUGUUUGAUAGGAGGAGCAGAGGAGGAGCAGGAGGAGGAGGAGCAGCAGGAGGAGGAGGUGGUGAUGAAUGUUGGACAGGAUGUCAACCUCCUCAGUUUAACAUUCGGUCAGCCGGAGGAGGAGGAGGAGGAGGAGGAGGAGGAGCAGCACCAUUUAGAGGAGCUCAGCGCUCUGGAGCAGCCGGUUCUGCCGCCGCCUCCUCCUGCCUCCGCGGCGUCCUCCUGGACGGACGAAGAACAAUCAAACUUUGACGGCGACUACAUGUGCAGAGCCUGAUGGGUUCUGGCGAUGUUUAAACCGGGCCCAAAUCCGCUCAGUCAGACCCGGUUCUGGAACAUCAUUCCCACAGACAGUUCAACAUCCCGUCACCCGGCAACGCUCCACAUCACGCCAACAAGAUGGCAUCGGUUCCAGAACCAGAACCAGAACCAGUGUUUUACAUCAUUUCAUCUGAUGGUGCUGAAACAAACGGAUCUCCUCCAUGAAGUUCCUGCCUAGAUCACUGGGUCUGAACCACUGAUCUUUAUUUAUCCA